AUGGGUUCUCUCGGCUCCUUCCAGCAGACCAAGUCGCUGGCCGACGUAAAAAACAAGAAACUACUACACUACAAGGGCUUCAUUGACGGACAAUGGGCCGAUGCCGCCUCUGGGAAAACAUUCGAUUUGAUCGAUCCAGGCACAGGCGAGAAACUGGCCACAUUCCCUGAAAUGGGCGCGGCGGAUGUCGCUCGAGCGAUCGACAGCGCCUCCAAAACCUUUGUCACCUGGAAAAACACGUCGGGCCGCGACCGCGCGCGCAUGCUGAGAAAGUGGAAUGACCUGUGCCUGGAAAACACCGAGGACUUUGCCUUGAUCAUCACCCUGGAGACGGGCAAGCCGCUGUACGAGGCGAGGGCCGAAGUCAUUUACGCGUGCAGCUUUCUCGAGUGGUUUGCCGGCGAGGCUGAGAGGACGCACGGUGAAAACAUCCUUACCGCCAACAGGAAACAGCGACUCGUCACGAUGAAGCAGCCCAUUGGAGUGGUCGGUUGUCUGAUGCCGUGGAACUACCCCAUGGCCAUGAUUACCCGCAAAGCCAGCGCGGCCAUCGCUGCCGGAUGCACCACCAUCUGGAAACCUGCAGGCGAGACACCUCUCUCCGCUGGCGCCAUGGCCGUCCUUGCCAUGGAGGCCGGCAUCCCAGCCGGAGUGAUCCAGAUCAUCACCAGCUUGACCACCGUCGCGGAGGUGGGCAAGGAGAUUUGCACAAACAAGCUGGUGAAGAAGGUCAGCUUUACGGGCAGCACGAGAGUGGGGAGGUUGUUGAUGGAGCAGUGCGCGCCGACCGUGAAGAAGCUGAGCUUGGAGCUUGGGGGCAACAGUCCCUUUAUUGUGUUUGACGAUGCUGAUGUCGAUGUUGCCGUCGAGGCUGCCGUUAUGGCCAAGUUCAGAAACACCGGCCAGACGUGCGUCGCUGCCAAUCGGAUCUUUGUGCAAGACGGCAUCUAUGACAGGUUUGCCAAAGCCUUGUCCAACACCAUCUCGACUUUCAAGAUCGGCCCGGGCACCCAGGAUGGUGUCUUUGUCGGACCCUUAACUCACGAGAACGUACUGUCAAAAGUGCUGACUCACAUUGAAGAGGCCAAAAACAACGGGGGCAAGAUCAUCCUGGGCGGGAACCGAGUGGAGGGAACAAAGGGAUACUAUGUCCAACCGACCAUUAUUGCAGAUAUGCCCCGCGGCACCAUCACCGAGCGGGACGAAGUCUUCGGCCCCGUCAUCCCCCUAUACCGCUUCCAUACCGAGGAGGAAGUCAUCGAACUGGCUAACAACGUCGACGUCGGGCUCGGCGCCUUUGUCAUGACGUCCAGCAUGCCCCGACAAUGGCGCGUGACUGAGGCUCUCGAGGCAAGUUGUUUCUUCCCCUGCCUCUAUUAA